UUGCCAUUCACUGUGCGUGAAACAGCUGAUGACUCCAACCUCAAAAGUUUCGCUAUGGGGAUUUAAACUCUUGUGGAGCUUUGCAUAAUGUUGCCUCUGCGCUGGAGUUUACUGAAACCACUUCAAGAUGGAUACCGGCAUGGACGACGCUACCUGGCUCAAAAGAAUCUCCUGGAACUCACGGACCGAGGAUUCUUCCAGGGCAUUUUUCCCGACACAGCGGCGCCCAAGAUUAAGCACCUUUUUACCACUAGUCAGCAAAGCGUUUAUGCUGGCUUCGAUCCCACUGCCGACAGCUUGCACGUGGGCAACCUGCUCGUGAUCAUGGGUCUCCUCCACUGCCAAAGAGCCGGGCACCGUCCCAUUGCCCUUGUGGGAGGAGCAACUGGGCUCAUCGGUGAUCCAAGUGGGCGGAAGACGGAGCGCAAUCAGCUGGGCGAGUCGGUGAUCGAGACAAAUCUAAGGGCAAUUGAGCAGCAGCUGAGACAGGUGUUCGAGAACCACGAGAAAUGCCUGUGGGACACGAGCAAGCACAAAUCUCUACUGCCCCCUUUAACAAUCGUCAACAAUGCCGACUGGUAUGCCGACCUGCAUCUCAUCGACUUUAUAGCCAACAUGGGACGUCACUUCCGCAUGGGCUCCAUGCUCUCUCGAUCCUCUGUGCAGUCCAGGCUGGAAUCGGAGGACGGCAUGAGCUUCACCGAGUUUACCUACCAGAUCUUUCAGGCCUAUGAUUGGCUUCAUCUUUUGCGCAGGCACAACUGCUGUUUUCAGAUGGGCGGCUCCGACCAGACUGGCAACCUGAUGACGGGGCACGAGCUCAUCAGUCGCGUGGAGCGCAAGCGGGAGGUCUUCGGACUCACCCUUCCUUUAGUGACAACGGAAGAGGGCGACAAGUUCGGCAAAUCUGCGGGCAACGCCGUGUGGUUAGACGGAGACAAAACCUCACCCUUCGCCCUCUACCAGUUUUUCCUGCGCAUGCCAGACUCUGAGGUCGAGAAACUCCUAAAGUUGUUCACCUUCAUUCCGUUGCCACAGGUUGAGCAACUAAUGAGGGAGCACACAAAGGAGCCGGAGAAGCGCAAGGCGCAAACGCUGUUAGCUGAGGAUGUAACGCUGCUGGUCCAUGGAGAACACGGCCUGAAGCAGGCAGAGCGAGUCACCAAUGCGCUGUACAAAGGCAAUGUAGAGGGUUUGGCGGAGCUAAACCUCGCUGAAAUUCAACAGACUUUCCAGGGAGCCACUAUGGUGGAUCUACUGACUGAGCCUGGAAUGUCCAUUCUGCAGUUGGCCAUGAAAGCAAAGUGCUUUCCUACCGAGACUGAUGCGGUGCGCAUUAUAAACGCAGGAGGAUUCUACGUUAACCAAAAACGAGUACAGAAUAUCGCCGAGGUGCUCACCACCGGAAUACACAUCCUGCGAAACGGAGUGUCUCUGUUGCGCGUGGGAAAACGAAACUUUUAUAUCGUGCGCUGGCAGUAACCAAUUAAAUCCUUGUUACUCGGUUGUUGUAGCUUGUAAUUCGUGUUUAAUAAUAAUAAGUUGGCUUACAUUUUAA